CAAGAAUUUUAAACUACCGACAUUCCACACAUAACAGAAGGGUGUCUGGAUCACAGGCCAUGUGCUCCGUGUGUGAAUUUUGCACAUUACGCCUUCAUCAUCACAAUGAACAAAAAAAAGAAACCAUCCAUGGCAGACUUCGUCAUGUACCGGCUCCUUCCACACAAUACAUGUUUGUUUUAUGAUGUCGUAAUUUUUUGGGUACAAUUUAUGAUCUCUUUAAUAGUAAUUUUGUUAAUGUCCGUUUGGUUACCUAUACUAGUAGCAGCUUAAUAAAGUGCAUACCAUCUUUAAUCGCAUUUCUUUUCUCCGCUAAUCACCCCUUCAGCCCGCCCGAUCGAUCUUGUAAGAUCAAUCCGCUAUUUCAAAGGGCGAAUCUCAGUGACGUUUGCUUUAUCGAGAAAAGCUCCCUUACUCUCUGCUCCUCUUUGUCUUCUCUGAUAUUCUCAACUUGAACUUGAGUGCAAAGCUACCUCUUUUCAUUGGCUAGAGAUCAAAUUGAAAUUUUCCUUUCUCGAAAGCCGAAACUGAGAUUCAUAGUUUCUGGUUGAGUUGAACGGAAGGGUCAUCGUUUUCAGGAGUUUUGAUUUUGGCGCGAGAGGAGUUUAGGAAUAGGAUUUGAGUUGCUGAUAUCUAGUACGGUGUCGCAGGCUUAUCUGGGUUCAAUUUUCAGAUGGUUUCCUUGGGGUUCUUGCUACGGUGGUGAAUUGUGGAAGAGGGCGGUGAAAGAUGCGGAGACGGGCGGCCGAUUAUCAUCGGCGCCCGAUUCGGAGGAGCCUGUCUUUUUGGAUCUGGGCGCUGCUCGGAAUAUUCUUGAUCGCCGGAUGCUUUUUGUUUAUCAUGCAUCAUCAAUAUGAUCGUGGGGAUCGCGUUGAACACCCUAUUUUGGAUAGAGAUGGUUCCAAAAAUUUACAGGUUAUACACGAGCCUCUUAAUUUUACCCAAGAAAUUUUGAGUGCCAGAUCCUACGCCAGACAAUUAAUAGAGCAAAUGACACUUGCCAAAGCUUAUGUAAUUAUUGCAAAGGAGAACAAUAAUCUUCAUCUUGCAUGGCAGCUUAGCUCAAAGGUUAGAAGCUGCCAAUCUUUGCUUUCAAAGGCUGCAACGAGGGAGGAGCCAAUCUCUUUAGACGAAGCAGAGCCAAUCAUUAGAAGCCUCUCAUCUUUAAUCUUCAAGGCACAAGAUGCACACUAUGACAUUGCCACCACAAUGGAAACAAUGAAAUCACACAUUCAAGCAUUAGAGGAGCGAGCAGGUGUGGCAUUUGUACAGAAGGAAGUGUUUGGACUGUUGAGUGCUGAAUCAAUAUCCAGAAAUAUGCACUGCCUAGACGUUAUGCUCACUGCUUAUUGGCUUAAAAAACAGCCUCUGCAAGAUCUUGCAGAGGAGGUUCGAAACUCUCUUCGGUUGGUAGACAAUAAUCUGUACCACUUUUGCAUAUUCUCCAACAAUCUGCUGGCAGUUUCGGUUGUUAUUAACUCGACCGUUUCAAAUGCUGACCAUCCCCAACAGUUCAUUUUCCACAUUGUCACGGAUGAGAUAAACUAUGGGGCAAUGCAGGCAUGGUUCCUAAGCAACGAUUUUAAAGGGUCAACAAUUGAAGUGCAAAAAGUUGAAGACUUUACUUGGUUAAAUGCUUCUUAUUCGCCUGUCGUCAAAGAUAUUACGACGGAUAUUUACCAAAAGUCAAAGUAUGUGUCAUUAUUGACUCACCUCCGGUUUUACAUCCCGGAAAUAUAUCCUGAAUUGGAGAAGGUAGUUUUUCUAGAAGAUGAUGUCAUUGUUCAGAAGGAUCUGGCGUCACUCUUUUUACUGGAUUUGCAUGGUAAUGUGAAUGGAGCAGUGGAAACUUGUCUUGAAGGUUUUCACUUCCUCUACAAGUAUGUCAACUUCUCAAACCCGCUCAUCAGCUCUAAGUUCGACCCACAGGCAUGCGGGUGGGCAUUUGGGCUGAAUGUGUUUGAUUUGAUUGCUUGGAAGAGAGCAAACGCGACUGGUAGAUAUCAUUAUUGGAUAGAGCAGAAUGCUGACAUGACUAUCUGGAAGCUUGGGAUACUUCCUCCUGCUUUAUUGGCGUUUUAUGGGUUGAUCGAGCCAUUGGAUCGGAGGUGGCAUGUUCUGGGGUUGGGCUAUGACCUCGACAUUGAUAGUCGGCUUAUAGAAAGUGCGGCGGUGAUUCACUUCAAUGGGAAUAUGAAGCCGUGGGGGAAGUUAGGCAUCAGCAGGUAUAAGCCUAUAUGGGAACACUACCUAAACCAGAGCGACACUUAUAUUCAAAGUUGUGCCACUCACUGAAAGUGCGUCAAAGGUGUUGGUAAUCCAUUCUUUUCAUCUCCCAAACUCCAAAAUUUGUAGUUGCAUUACUUGUAGAUGAUAGAAGUAGAAAAGUUUUGUCAUUCAAAGGUUCUUUUCUUUUCAUUUCUUUUUAUAGCUUUGAAUUGGAAAAUUAUUCUUAUACAAUUAUAUACAUAGUACUUGCUAAACAAGGAUUUGUGAAUUGGAGGGUAUACACAUCAAAUGAUUUUUUGGCUGAUGAAUUUUUCAUUGUUACUUCUGCGAAUCCAAAUACAUUUGCGCUUCAGAUUUUGAAUGUAAUAUUUCUUAUAAUC